AUGGCAUCCUUCCUCCAGUCUCUGCCGGUGUGCACGGCUGUUCGCAAGCAGUCAACUGCUGUUCCUUUCACCCUUCACAAAGCCUCACAGUCCAUUGUCUCCCUGGGACCGCGUAGCUCUUACUCCACACUAUCUUCCUCCGCUAGUCUGACUUCUGCCCAUAAACCAGAAAGGCAUUGCAUGUAUACUGAUUCCAUCCCAUGGCAUCCAGCCCGCCAUUCCUCUCAGCGCCUCAAUGUCCGUUCCACCUCCGCACAGCAAUGUCGCACCUUCAUCGCUCAACUGAACCGCCGCCAAUCUCAGACGCUCAAGGAGAGCGCGCCGACGACUCCGCAACCGCCUGCUAACCUGCAACUCACCAACCUCCCCUACUUCAUUCGCCGCACCGCCUCCAACCUCCUUCCUGUAUACGUUGACACCAAAGCCGGCGGCACCAAGCGCGAAACCAAGUUGCAGAAGACGGAGGGUGAUCUUGAUGCGUUAAGAUCGGAUCUGGCACAGUACUUGGGUCUGGAGUCGGGCGACCCUGGCGCCCCCAAGAGCCCAGAGGUGACAAUCAACCGUCUCAACGGCCACAUCAUCGUCAAGGGCUGGCGGAAACGGGAGAUCGAGCGUUUCCUGACGGAGCGCAACUUCUAA